CCCCCGGCAGGUUGUUCUGCAGCGCGAAGCGGAUGUCUGUUUGCGGUUGUUAGCCAGUUAGCUUAGCUUAUGUUUGUGGCUGUGGGGAGGCGCUGAGUGUUAUUGUUAUUGUUAUUGUAGUGUAAUCGGUGAUCAGUGAGAGAUCGGACCGAAGAUGAAUUUAGCGAACAGCAGAGAGCAGAGGAGCACCGCGGGGAACCGCAUGACCAAGAUCCUGGAGGCGGAGGAGGAGGACGAGUUUUACAAAACCACUUACGGGGGAUUUAAUGACGAGUCUGGUGAUGAUGAGUACCAUGGUGAUCACUCGGACACAGAGGACGAGGUGGACAGUGACUUUGAUCUGGACGAAGGCGAUGAACCGGACAGCGAACAGGAGGAGGAGACACCACGGCGCCGGAGCCGCAUCCUCACUAAAGCCUACAGAGAGCCUGUUAAGGUAAUGAAGCCCAGGGUAAAACACCCGUCUGACGAGCCGAAGGCUGAGAAACCAAAAGCAGAAAAACGCUUAGUGCAUGAGCUGCAGGAGAUUGGAGAAAUGCGUAAGUCAGUGAGGAAGUCCACUAGUGAACACACCCGCAAGACCUUCGAGCGUCUGCAGGAGCGUCAACAGGAGGCACCGAGACGCCGCAAAGUUCACCGGGACAAACCCCUGAGUCAGGAGGAACUGCUGAGGGAAGCUGAGCAUACUGCACAAAGCAACCUGGAGUCACUAGAGAAUUACGAGCGUCUUGAGGCUGAUAAGAAGAAGCACGUGCAGAAGAAGCGGCGGUUUGAAGGGCCAACAAUCCGUUAUCACUCCAUCCUGAUGAUGUCGGAGCCGCCACUCAAAGAUGAAAACGUGGAUGUAGAGGGGCUGGACCAGGACACGCCUUUUUCAGUGCCUUCUUCCUGUCCCGCAGUACCAGGGGUCGGGGCUCUCUGCUCACGUACCUUCAUCACCUUUAGCGAUGACGAUGCGUUUGAAUCGGCAUUCCCGCCAUCGGCUAGCGUGAGCCCUGACCUCUCUGUUCAGGAAGUGUGUCCAGUUACCCAUAAUCCCGCUCUGUACCGUGACCCGGUCACUGACAUCCCGUAUGCUGAUGCUCGCGCCUUCAGGAUCAUUCGCGAAGCUUACCGUAAAUACGUUGCUGCACACGGCUUUCCCAACGACACGACACACACACCAUCACACACAAACUCUGAGCCAGCAGGGGGCACCAAGAGCCUACGUCUGAAAGGACUGACUGUGUAAACACGCGCACAUACACUCAUACACACACAGACUAGACCAUGGAGCAAAAAAAGACUAAAGUUACACACACACUGUGUUUUUAUUGUUGAUAUUCUCACAGAUUAAAGAUGAUCAUACACACACUGCA